CGCAUCUUCGAGUUGCUUGCACGUCCGGCGUGCCUUGUCAUCACGCAGGGCAGGUUUCGGUUUGCAAACACGAUACAUUCCUUUCCCAGUGCCAGAGCUGUACCAACGACCAGAGGAGGGAGGGGCGAGUUAAGAGAAGAAUUACAAAUAAACUUGGAUGGAUUUAAAGACGCUAUCCCGGACAUAGGUAGGCUACAGGCUAUGUUGCUAUGUUCAUGUAACGUCUGGGGGGAGGCAGUGAGGUAAACGGCCGGGAUACACACAAACAAAACACACGGGCUGAACGGGAUGCCCGCGUGACUGCAGGGAGGAAGGAGGUGGAGGAGGGGGGGGGGGGGGGGGGGGGUCUAGGUGCGUGUGUGGACCACCGCAAAAAAAACCCAAGGUGGAGUUGUCAAAUAUCAAAACCUGAUAGGAAAGAAUAAUUCCAACCUGGCUGCUAUUUUUGGUGCAGUUUGAAAAUCGAUGGAGGAUAUUUAUUUCCUGUUCACGUCGAGAUAAUUAGUCUCGCUUCCCAAACGAACCGAUGUGAUCUUGGGGCUUUGAUCUCCACACCGUGUGUUUCUUUUCCGUGGCAGGAUGAGGACCUAACAUAAGGUCGCGGAAGGGACACGCACAUGUUCGGAUGUUACUCCUCCUGAUUGGACACACGGACUGACCGGCUCAUGUCAUCGCUGCUGGUGUUGAAACAACGAGGGAUUUGCUGCUUUUCUUUGGGAUGCUUUAAAAUUUGCGGCCUGCUCGGGUCUCCGGUUACCGCAAUGCAACUGGAUAGAAAAGAGGGAGAGGUGGAAGGCAUGAGAUGGAGAGGAGGGAGGGAGUAGCAAGAAGCAAAUGAGUAAAACAAUGAUGUAGGCCUAGCCUAUAGUUGCAAAAAACUAGCCCCAUCUGUGUGAUUGUGUUUCAAUCGGAGAAUGGUACAGACUGUACUCUAUAGGUGAGAGUGGCAAGUGAAGUGCAUGGGGUGAGAGAGACACUGUAGGCUAUUGAGUAUCUUAGGAUCAUGGCUGAAACAUCAAAUGAGGUGAGUACGGUGGCUGUAAGUGUGUAGUAGUUGCUCAAUUCUCAACUUUCUGCUGACAAAGUUCUUGAACUUACUCACUGGACUAUAGUGGGAACAAUGGGGUAUUGCGCAGAACCUAUGGCACCAGCCAGUGGAGAACUUGGUGCAUAAUUGUGACAGAGUGGAGCUCUGAAGCCAGCAUUUAUGUCUCUCCCUCUUCUACUCGCCUGCACUUCUACCCAUGUGCUCAAAUUUGUUUUAUGAACCCAGAGUAAGUGUGAAACAAGCCUCAUCCACAUACAGCCUGACAUGCCUUCGCCGUCAGACUCCAGCAGCGUGGCUUCGGCCUCGGGGUCUCGAGGCUGGUCCGACAGCCGCAGGGGCAUGUCGGGUCGGGGACCUGGUGGGGCACGGCUACUCCUGUACCUAGGGCUGUGCCACCUAGGCCUGGGGGCCAUGGUCCUGGCCUUCUCUUUCACCAGCAUGGCCUUCACCUCCUCAGCCCGAGUGAGGCAAUCCUGUCCAUUCUGGGCUGGCUUCUUUGUGGUGGCAUCAGGGAUAGUUGGAAUAAUCUCAUGGAGGAGACCUCUGACGCUGGUGGUGUCACUGUUCAUGCUGCUGUCUGCAGUGUGUGUGAUCCUCAGUCUGGCCGGCUCAAUGCUCUCCUGUCAGAAUGCACAGAUGGUCAAGUCUAUGCUCACCUGCCAGGUGGAGGAUGGUCUCUGUGUGUGUUGCGCGCCCACUCACUCCUGCUCCAUCACAGAAGAGGAGACCCUGGUCCUUUCCCUGAAUGCUGACUGUCAUUCAGUCAGACAUCAGCUGAAGGACCUUUUGUUCAGUGCAUGCGGUCUCAGCAUUCUCUCCACCAUCAUCUGUACUCUGUCCACUGUGACCUGCAGUAUCCACAUAUUCUCUCUGGACCUUGUGCACCUGCUGGCCCCACAUCGCUCUCGUUCAGUCAACCCAGAAUGCACCACUCCUCAGGACGCUUUCCUGACCAACAUCAUGGACUUUGAGGAGUUUGUCCCACCCAUCCCUCCGCCCCCCUACUAUCCUCCAGAGUACACCUGCAGUUCUGAAACAGACGCUCAGAGCAUCACAUAUAAUGGCUCCAUGGAGAGCCCUGUUCCUCUGUACCCCACUGACUGCCCCCCUCCUUAUGAAGCUGUGAUGGGACAAAGAGCUACAAGCCAGGCAACAGUGUUUGACCCCCACGGCACUGAGCUGUCUGGAGAGAGAGGGACUUCUACUGCCUUCAGUGGUGAAGUGUCCAUGGACAGUGGAUCUCUGUUGAUGUCAGAGAUUGUGGACAUCCCAAAUGAUUCCUCCCCCUCUGAGGACUCCUGCAUGAUAGAGGUUGGGCUGAGGACCCAGGGGGAGAGGGGCAACAGGAACGUUGGUGUGGUGGGAGACAGCGGGGAGUACAUCAGCUUUUGUGGUCCCGCGUCUCAGGCGCCAGAGAGUCCUCUGGCAGGGGGGCCGAGAGCCAGACGCUUCCUCAGAGGUGAGAGGUCCAACUCCUGCUCUUCACCCAGCACAGCGACCUCCACAUACAGGUCUCCAGUAUUGCGUCGCCAGGCCAUGCUUGCUAGGAGCUGUUCCCAGCUGGAAGCAAUAGAGAAAUCCAUCUCCUCACAACCAUCCGCCAUCCCAGAGUUUCGAGUUCGCCCCUCCACUCCCUUACGCCAAGGAGCUACCCCGACCACCUCUGCUCCUCCCAUUUUAUCCUCCUCAGCUGCCAGUGAGCAGAGUGGUGCUCAGCGUAAUGGGCUACCCUUCCCGGGCCAACCAUUGUACCUUCAACAAAGGGCUGGGAAGAGUGAGAAGGAUGGAGAGAGUAUAAGAAGGGACAGUGAAGGGCUCCUACGUCUUGUGAGGUCACACAGUGAGCCAGGUCUCGGCUCCUCAACUGACACAGUUGACUUUGGCUCUGGAGGCAGCAAAGUAUCCAUAGAUACAGGUCCAUCCUCUGAGGCAUGUCUCUUGCCCCCCACCUCUUUGCCUCCUGCUGCAGCUCUGCCAAGGAAAGGCAGCAUGAAAUCAGCAGCCACUGGGUUGCAGGUCCCCUCUAAACUUCCCCUCACCUCACCACUGCAUUUACCUAAAGACUGCCACCGUUCCCUAGGAGACCUUAAGGUGACUCGGGGACUGGUGGCUCGCUUCCUGCAGCGCUCCAAACGCAACCUAUCGCCCUCCUCCGAGCAUACUGGGAGCACAGUCCAGGGGCCUAAGAGAAGGAGUGAAGUUGAGGGCACUGCCACCAACCACAUGCCCUUGGAACAAGUAUUGCUGACACCUUGGAACACCAGCCGAAGACACCCCAACCAUCACUCCCACCAUCCUCAUCGCCGUGGACACCACCAUUCCCACAGUGACAGUCGACACAACCGGAACCACGCUAGUCGGGCACCAGAGGGGAUCCACCUGCGCAGCUGUGGAGAUUUAAGCUCCUCGUCCACUGCGUCACUACGGCAAUUAGUGACGCCUCAUCCACCGCAUGGGUCAUCAGGAGCUCUUUACUCAGAGUCUGCACUGUGAGGAGGGCAGGAGGGUGGAGAAGGGAUGGAGAAAAAAAAUGGGAUGCAUAUGAGUUGAUAGGGUUGUAAGGAAGACGAGGGGAAAUAAGGAAGGCUAAUGAAAUGGAGAGCAGGGCAGUUUAGUGGAGAUAUCUAGUUCUGAAAAUGUGAAAGUCUUCCCUCCUUUUCCUCUUUGUCACUUCCAUUUUCUGAAACCAACUGUGCAAAUGGCCUUAUUCAGCGGGGCUCUUUACCACCCUGAACAUAAGCCCAGAGCUUACACUAUUUCAUCUGUACAACGGUCACUAGAUGCUUAUUUCUCGGCAGUGUGGUCCCUGUUCUAACAGAAUAAAUCAGAGACAACCAACCAGAGGCAUCUUUUCUGCUGUAUUCUCCGUUCCAUCUCUCAGUACUGAUCUAGAGACAUAUUUUCUUCAAGACUGGAGAGAGAACUCAACUAGCAUUCAUGCUACAACAACCACUUACUGUCAUGUAGUACAUUCAGUCUAUUACAUAACUAUGGGUUGCAAUAUGCUUCUGGCCCUUUUGUACAUUGCUAAUUAUCCACAGGAUCACUCAGGUGAAGUGAUCAUGGAAACCCUUAUUUUGUCUUCCACUGUUAAAAAAAAUGCAUCUCAAUAAACAUAUAGUUUGCUGAGGUCGCACAUGAGGACACAUGCUCUUACAUGGAAAACCCUUAACUGAAUUGCUAAUUUUGUCUUUUUCUUUUUGCAAUUCAGUUUCCCACUUUCUCCACGUUUAUCCACCUCCACAUUGGCCUUUAAAAAAAGGCAGCCAGCAUUUGUAACAUUUAUAUUAAUGCACACCACAGACACAUGCUCAGCCUUUAAAUGUAUUCUCUGUGGGUGGCCCCUGGACACGGUGGUUUGAUUUGCAUAUGUGCAUGUUUUGCUACAGACCCCCCCCCCCCCCCCCGCAUACAGCAGGAAUCUUGUGAAUUCAAUCCUGACCGUCUGUGUAACUAUGUAACAUGUCCUCAGAGUGUCUUUAUCUGCAUGUUUUGACAAUGCUUCUUACUUUUUUCCUCUUGCACCCAAGACCUAUGUAGCCAUUUGAAAUGUGUUUGUGGUAAUGGAUAGCUGAAGGUGAUGGCCAGGGUCGAAGAUGUGCAGUGCUCCCAAAGUUUUUGCACCAGAUCGAUCUUAACAUGCCUCCUGAUUUGAUUAUGAUAUGGGUUUGAAAUGUUACAAACCGUAACAUAGGCAGGCAUAUCUGUGAUCCUAUAAGAUAGAGGUGUAAAUUGAACUGUGACUCUGAUGACAUUUAGAGUCUCUCGCAAUAAACGUACCGACACAUUUGUUACAUAGUUAACUUCCCACUAUGUGUUGGCAUGGUUUUCUUUGGACUUGCAGGUGUUGAGGAUGGGUGGUACACGGAAAAAACUUUGUAAGUCUCAAAAAGAGCUUUGGGCUGCUGACUGUGAACAUAUGAUGGGUCUGGCAUUUCUGAAUAUAGGAUUUUGAAGUGUUUCAAUAUUAGUGUCAGAUUGGAGUUUUAUUCUUUGAAAGGUCUUUUUUGGUGUGAUCACUAAAUGAUGAUAUUGACAUUUUGGAUACACUCAUAUGUAUGUACCUAAUUUAAAAAAUGUACACGCAUACACACCUAGCCUGCACACAUGCACACACUCCUUUAUUAAGGCACUGAGCUGUAUUUCUACCUCCUGUCUUGCAUAACACAUUAUUUAUUUGGAGAAAUGUAUAUCUGUAUGGCAGGAUUAACUGGCUAGAGCAUUGAAACCUGAAUAGUUAAUGUAUCUAAAUAUGACACCUAUUUCAAAUUUUCAAUGCAGUGUCACUGGCAAAACUUUCAAUGCAAGUUAUGUAUUUAAAAAUAUGAAAUAAAUGAUAGACAUCAAAUAAAAA